ACGACCGUCAUGGCGUGUAGAACGUGACAGACGUCGAGCAAAUUCCUCUAAUUAACAUAGUUAAUGUAUUUCACUUUCUGCUGCAGUGCCAGUGACUGUGAAAUUGACGAUAAAGAUAUCACGGUAGCUUUUCAUUAACACUAACAAACAAAUUCAUACGAUUACGUUAGUAAAAUCAGUGCCUAUGCAAAUACACGGAUGUUGCACGAACACCGUAGGAUCAUCGCAGUUUUCACGACUGGUGAAAGUACCUGACUGGCCGUGUAAAGGUCUUACGACCACCUUAUGACCCAAUUAGAUAUAUCUCUUUUUUGAUGUAUGGAAGAAUAACGUUAUUUAUUAUUUUAUAAGCAUUCCGCAUUAAUAAUCGAACCUCUCUUUGCAUACUGUAAACUGUUUGCGUGAACGAGAGUCAUUCUCCAAGUUGUAUGUACAAUAUUCAUGUAGUGAGAUUCCUUUCAUCGUAAACUAAUUUGAGCCACAAUGACCUCCGAAACGCGUGACGUAAUCCGUGUUGGAUCGCGAAAAAGUGAGUUGGCACUGAUUCAAACCAGAUUCGUAAUUAAAUGUCUAGAGGAUAUUCACCCCAAGAAAACUUUCGAGAUAGUUACCAUGAGCACGAAAGGUGACAAGAUCCUUGACAAAUCGUUGCCAAAAAUUGGAGAAAAAGCACUCUUUACUGCCGAACUUGAAAUUGCCCUGGAGAACGGCAGAGUUGAUUUUGUUGUUCACUCGUUGAAGGAUCUUCCCACAACUUUACCGGAAGGAAUGGCCCUUGGUGCUGUACUUAAACGAGAAGAUCCGCGUGACGCAGUUGUAAUGUCUAAGAAAUUCCUGGGAAACACCCUAUCAUCUCUUCCAGAGGGUAGCGUAAUCGGCACUAGUUCUUUACGCCGAUCAGCUCAGCUCGCACGAAACAUGCCGCACUUGAAAGUAGAAAGUAUCAGAGGUAAUUUGAACACAAGAUUAAAAAAAUUGGAUGACGAGUCGAGUACCUUUGCUGCUAUCAUUCUUGCUGCUGCUGGGAUGAAGAGAAUGGGUUGGGAAGAUCGCAUAUCCCAGCUCCUGGAACCAGAAGAAGCUCUCUAUGCAGUUGGUCAAGGAGCGCUGGGUGUUGAAUGUCGAGAGACGGACUGGGAUAUUUUGUCAUUACUGUCACCUCUACACGAUAUUGAAACGACCCUGAGAUGCGUUUGUGAGCGUUCGUUUUUGCGCACUCUUGGCGGUGGUUGUUCAGCCCCUGUUGCAGUGUGUUCUUCCCUAGUUGAGAAAGAUCUGAGUAUAACAGGAGCCGUAUGGUCGUUAAAUGGACAAACCACCAUCAGCUCCACUCUGAAGAGCAAAAUAUAUUUACCAGAUGAUGAUGGAGAACCGCCAAAGAAGUGCCCGUACCGUGAACCCCGUUUAUACUGCAGCAUAGUCCCUGGAAAAGUGAGCGGAAUAAGUUUAUACGGGGCUGAACAGCUUGGGCAAGAUAUUGCAGAGCAAUUAGUGAGUAAAGGUGCACUAGCAAUAAUGUCAGAGGCUAGGCAAGAAGUUCUUAGUACGCCAUAGUGAUAUAAUAGGUAAAUAAACUGUUGUACAUUGCAUGUUGGUUACGGGUGGGUAGUUGAAAUUUAUUUUUCGUAUCAGCCUUCGAUUUUGUGGCGGAAGAAUACGUCUUGCACAGUUUUAAGCUCGGAAGAGUAGUUAUGAUUAAUUAAUUGAAAAAUACAAAAUUAUCGGCGACAGGGACAUUGCAUCUUGUGAAAGAAUUGGAUUAUCACCUCAACACACUAUAGAUUUCGUAUCUUUAUUGCUGCUCAAAUUACAUUUAUACAUAUUUUUUCCUAUCUCUUUGAAACAAUUCUCAUACCAUCAAUCAGUCAGAAUUGUUACCACCUGGGAAAUUUGUACUAUCUUUAUUUCUUUCUUCUUUAUUAAGUGUUUAUAGAUAAUCAUGACGUUUGGCCCUAUACAGGUAUAAAGUUAUAUUAAAUGAAAUAUUUGUUCCGUUUUCAAAUAUUUAUUUGUACAUAUCACCGUGUUGAUAACUAGUUGAAUAAUUUUACUAAAUUUUUUUCCAUCGGCUUCUACUUACCAGAGACACCCAAACACCAUGGAAAAUGUCAGGAAAUUUAUCUCUCGGUUAUUUCUUUGACUAAUUAUUCGAUAUUCGAAAUUAUUUUCAUCACGUGUUCGAUAUUAGUCCAUAACAGAGACUUAAAUCAAUCAAUUUUGCAAAAUUUCUAUGCUUCUAGCAAAAGCUGUUGCCGUAAUUCAGUCCAUUUUACGGCUUAAUAUCAUAAAGGUCUAUUAGAAUCAAAGGUAAUGGAACAACAAUAGCAGAACCCCAAAAUGGGUGUAUAGAAGUGAUGAAUUUAUAAUGGCCUUGCUUCCAAAAAUUUUGCUCAACAUAUUCUCAUGAAACCAUGAUACAUUUUUUCUUAUGGUCAAAAUUUGUCUUAUUCAUGGUUGAAAAUCCACGUAAGGCAUUAUCAAGGAUAACAGUAAUACAAGUAAUGAUCAGUGCUGUAAUUAUUAAAUAUGUAUUAUCUAAUCAGUUCAUGUGAACGGUUAUGAUAAAGUGAACCGUGACUAUACUGGCCUAAACUAUUUUGUGAAAUAAGAGAUCAUGACUUUUACGCAAUAGAUUACAAUACUGAGUGAUUCAGUUGCGCAAUCUGAAAAUGCCUAUACAUAUGUGACUCAGCUCCUCUCUUUCACUCAUUUCAUAUUUCUAGUAACUGAGAUCUAGAGACUUGGGGGAAAAAAACUCGAGUAUCGGAGAAUUUGUCUGAUCAUAAUGUUGUUGGGUAAUUUAGAGAUUGUUAAAAAAUUGUAUUGAUAAUGAGAAAACGCGUGAGCUGAUCAUUUUGAGUAACUCAUGUUAUGAUUUAAAAAUAAUUAUUAUAUAUUGUAUUUUCUUUCGCGCUGGAUCUAGAAAUUUUUUUUUUAAUUUAACAUUAGUACCAAAGCGCUCUUGUUUGUACAUACCGAAGUAAUAUAUAUAUUUAUAUAUAUUGUAUAUACAACUAAGAAAUUACUGUUAUUAUUUUUAAUAAGAACUUGAUAUACAGAACACGUAUAUAAACAUAUGUAUUUAAUUCAUUUACCAUUUUAUAGUUGGUAUAUUAAGUACAGUUUACAUUAUGGAUUGAGAGAUUCAGAGGAGAGAGAAAAGAGUGUAGUCACAAAGAAAAUUUAUUGUACAUUAGAUGUAAUAUGAAUACGAAGAAUAAUUGAUAAUAAAAACAGAUUUUAAAUGAGUUAAUAUAA